CUUUGGGCAGGAGAGAAGCAAAGGUGGGAGCGAAAGUUGCGGGUGGGGAAGGGAAGAAUGGGAGAAGCGGGUCUCACGGGCAAGGGAAGGCCGAUGCCUCUGGGCGGGGAGCGGCCCCCAGGCCCUCCGAGAGAAGCAGCCGAGCGCCCCCGCCUGACCCGCUUCGCCUCCCCGUCGGCCUCGAUGGGAGCCCCCGCCGAGACCGAGCCAGCCCCAGCGCCCGCGCUCUGCGGCCUGACGGGGAGCUGGCGCUACCAGUUCCGGAUCCUGCUGAUGGGGGACUCCACGGUGGGCAAGACGUCGCUGCUGAGCCGCUACGCGGAGGGCCGCUUCUGCCCCGGCCAGGCCCCCACGGCCGGCGUGGAGUUCUACUGCAAGGUGGUGCGGCUGCCGCGGGGCGCCAGGGUGAAGCUGCAGCUCUGGGACACCGCCGGCCAGGAGCGGUUCAGGUGCAUCACCAGAUCUUUCUACCGGAAUGCAGUCGGGGUGCUCUUGGUCUUUGAUAUGGCCAACCGGCGAUCAUUCGAGAGCAUCUUCCAGUGGCACAACGAAGUGACCAAUGUUAUGGAAAAAGUAGUCUUCCUCCUAGUUGGUCACAAAUGUGACCUUCAGUCAAUAAACAGGGUCACUCUUGAGGAAGCAGAGGGACUGGCGACCUCCCUGGGCACACGCUUCAUUGAGACAUCUGCGAAGGACAAUAUCAAUGUGGAUUUGGCCUUUGAGACCAUAGCCAGUGAUAUUUAUGAGGCUCUGAAAAAUAAGGAGAUUGAGCUGCAGGAAGGAUGGGACGGGGUGAAAGUCAUUCAUAGGGAGAGGAGAAGCAGUCUUCAGAGGAAGAAGCUGCCACCAGAAGAAACGCCAUGCUUGUGUUGACCACAUCAAGGAGUGGGACACUGUGAGAAGAUGCUAUUGAGUGGAUUCUUCCAAGGAGGAACAAAAAGGUUUCCUCCAUAGUCCUAAGUGUGCUACUAGGGACCCGAUGGAUUGCUUGACCCCUCAUCGCCAGCUUACCCAGUUGGCCUCUAGAGCGAUAAGCUCCUGCAAAUGUCUCAGAAAUAGGCUGACACGCAGACAGGCAGACAUGGGGCACGAAUGGUGCAGAGAAGAGAGAGAGAGAGAGAGAGCGAGCACCUGAUGAAGGGUUGGUUGCAACCGAAAAGACUUGCUGCCACAUUCUGUCAACAAUAAAGGUGAAGGUUUCCCCUUGACGUUACGUCCAGCCAUGCCUGACUCUCGGGGGCGGUGCU